CCGCAAUCCACCGAUUCUUUUCCACCUGUGAAAGCUGAACAGCGAUAAUAACCAGCAAAUCAACACAAACAGAAGAAAAGAACAAGAUGUCUGAACAAGCUGUUGACGCCGCGGCCGAGACGCUGGCAAAGACCUAUCUCGACGAGGUGACGGGUGAGCAGGUCUCCAAGACCGAGCUCAAGAAGCGUCAGAAGGCUCGUGAUUUGGCUGCUAAGAAGCAAGCAAAGGCUGCUGCUGCUGCUGAGAGCAAGCCUGCGGGAAAGAAGGACGAUGAGUUGACCCCAAAUCAAUACUUUGAGAUCCGCUCGCGUGAGAUCAACGCUCUCCGCCAAUCGCACAACCCGGAUCCGUACCCGCACAAGUUCCACGUCACGACCAAGAUCGGCGAGUUCACCCAGAAGUACGCCAACCUGACCCGCGGCGAGACCCUUCCCGAGGUGACGCUCGCGGUCGCGGGCCGUAUCUACGUCAAGCGUGAGUCUGGCUCGAAGCUCAAGUUCUACGAUCUCCGCGCCGAGGGCGACGCGAUCCAGAUCGUUUGCCAGGCGCAGGACGCGACCGGCGACUUUGCGGCCAUGCACGAGCAUCUCUCGCGAGGAGACAUCAUCGGCGUCAAGGGAUACCCUGGUCGCACGCAGCCGCAGCGCGGAGGCGAAGGUACCGUUUCCCUGUUUGCGCGCGAGGUCGUGCUGCUCUCGCCGUCGCUGCACAUGCUUCCUACCGACCGCUACGGAUUCAAGGACCAGGAGAGCCGCUACCGCCAGCGCUACCUCGAUCUGAUUAUGAACAACAGCACGCGCGACAAGUUCAUCGUCCGGUCCAAGAUCAUCUCAUACAUGCGCCGCUUCUUUGACAGCCGGGGCUUCGUCGAGGUCGAGACGCCGAUGAUGAACAUGAUUGCCGGCGGCGCGACCGCCAAGCCCUUCGUCACGCAUCACAAUGACCUCAACAUGGAUCUCUUCAUGCGUGUCGCGCCCGAGCUCUACCUCAAGAUGCUCGUGGUUGGUGGCAUCGAGCGCGUAUACGAGAUCGGCCGCCAGUUCCGAAACGAGGGUAUCGACAUGACCCACAACCCCGAGUUCACCACCUGCGAGUUCUACGAGGCCUACGCCGACUACAACGACCUUAUGGACACCACCGAGCUGCUCUUCUCCGAGAUGGUCAAGGAAAUCACUGGUGACUACAAGAUCAAGUACCAGCCGCAGGGCCCCGACGGCAUCACCUACGACAUUGACUUCUCGCGCCCCUGGAAGCGAAUGGACAUGAUCCCCACGCUCGAGGAGAAGCUCGGCGUCAAGUUCCCUCCCGGCGACCAGCUCCACACCGCCGAGACCGGCGAGUUCCUCAAGUCCGUGCUCGACAAGCAGGGCAUCCAGUGCCCGCCGCCGCUCACCAACGCGCGCAUGCUCGACAAGCUCGUCGGUGACUUCCUCGAGGACACCUGCAUCAACCCCACGUUCAUCAUGGGUCACCCGCAGAUGAUGUCUCCUCUCGCAAAGUACCACCGCUCCGUGCCCGGUAUCUGCGAGCGUUUCGAGCUCUUCGUCGCGACCAAGGAACUUGCAAACGCCUACACCGAGUUGAACGAUCCCUUCGACCAGCGCCAGCGCUUCGAGGAGCAGGCCAGACAGAAGGCCCAGGGCGACGACGAGGCCCAGUUGGUCGACGAGGUCUUUUGCACUGCGCUCGAGUACGGUCUCCCGCCUACCGGUGGAUGGGGCGCGGGUAUCGAUCGCUUGACUAUGUUCUUGACCAACAGUCAUACCAUCAAGGAGGUCUUGCUGUUCCCUGCUAUGAAGCCUGACGUCAAUCCCCCUAAGGAGGAGUAAAUAUUGUCUUGCGUU